UACAAAAUAAACCAAAUGAUAAAAGGUACAUGCAUUCUUUAUAAAUUUAAAUUCAAUAUUUAAUAAGCCAAUAUACUUUAAUUUAACAGUCACCGUUGGUAAUAUUCAUUGAUUAUUUGUCCGUUUCGUAGGCACGAUGAGCACCUUAAAAUUAAUGUACAAACGCAUUUUAGCGCCAGCCACACGAGCCAUCUACAAUGCUAACAAACACACCCAGCGUCCAUUCCAUUUGGUGGCCAUAUCAACAAAUCCACACAACAACAAGACACACAACACGUGCCUGCAGCGCAGCAACUUCAGCGACAAGCUGCAAGCAGAAGCGCAAGAUGAGGCCAGUCGUGUGGUCAGCAAGAGCAUACCACUGGCGGAGCUACAAACGAAAAUGCAAUUGAUCUACACAUGCAAAGUGUGCCAGACGCGGAAUAUGGAGACCAUAUCAAAGAUUGCCUACAACAAGGGCGUUAUUAUCGUCACCUGCAAGGGCUGUGAGAAUCAUCAUCUGAUUGCCGACAAUCUCAACUGGUUCACCGAUCUCAACGGCAAGCGCAACAUCGAACAAAUACUCGCCGAAAGAGGUGAACAAGUUGUGAAAAUUGUUAGCGAUAAGCAUGAAUAUCUGCCAAAGGAUUAAAACAAAAUAUAACAAGUAUAAAUUGAUUAGAAAGAAAGCAAUUAAAUCAAAUUUUUACACUGUAAUCCGAUAGGUGGAACGAUGUAAUUUUAGGGCGCCAUCUAGUGUCACAGCAAAAAUUGCAUUUAUACUUUUCAAUAUUGAUUUUGUUAUUGCCACUUACUGCAUAGUGUUAUAUAUUUAAUUCGUUUUGUAUUAGCUAUAAGCAUAGGCGACUUUCUUAUGUGUAAUAGGACUUUGCAUUUUGUAAGCGAACGUUUGCUUACGGUUGCACUUGGGCGCCAUCUGGCGUUUAUUUGACUAUGCAUUUACUUUAUAAAAACAAUCUGAAUUUGCGUUAUGUAA